AUGAAUGAGGAGAUUAUUGAGUUUUACCGCUACUGCAUAAUGGUAUGUGUAUCUCAACUCCAUUACUUUUGUUUGGCGUCUGGUUACCAUAGCGACGCGGUUGCCAUGGUAACGUUUACACUCUGGACCGUGAUUCUAAUUUUACGUGUGACCGUGUCAGAUCCGAAGGAGGAAAAAAUCAAGAUGGCGGACUCCCCCUUACCCACUUCACCAUCGCCCAAUAAAUUUGACUCUUUUGACCUCGAUGUUGGCACUGGCGAAGAAGGGAGCUCGACCUCGGCAGUCAGCGGGUCACCCUCCCCCACCUUCACCCAUCCGCAAGGCAGGGAGGGCGACCGUGCGGCGCUGAUAAAGGAGGUCUCGGCGCUGUACAAGGAGCGGUACCGUCUCGCAAGGAUGCACAGGAAGGCAGAGCUCAGGGUGGUCACCAGUCUCAAGAGGAGGAGACAGGCGAAUGAAGCACUGACCAGCUUUCUCCAUCAGCAGAAAGCUCUCGUCAAGUACAGCUUCUCAGCUUUACCUCCAGAGAAAGGCAGAGGAGAGACUGUAGAGCAACUGCUGAAGCGACAGCAGCAGGUUGAAGAGCAGCUGAAGCAGGCAAGGAGCGCAUACUACAGUCUGGCUCUGAAGAAACAGCAGAGAGAAGACGAGUUGAAGAGGAGACAAGAAACAGCCGAUGAUCAGGUUAGCGUCACAGAAAUGCUCCGACUCGUGGUGGAGACGGAGGCUUAUAUAGAAGAGGCUGGGGUGCAGGAGUGCAGCAUCCUCACCAGCAGAGGCUCCCUGCACGCAACGGAAGCCUCGAUCGCGAAGCACCUACAACGGAACAAGGAACUGACUGACAUGAUGGAGGAAGCGGAGGCCAAAGUGGAGCAACUCAGGCUACAGAUCAGUCAGAAGAAGGACGAACUGAAGACCCUGGCCAAGAAACAGGCUCAGUCAAACAGGCUUUCUGCUCACCUCCAGCCCGCCUCCCGCCUGCUCCUCGACCCCGUCCUCGCUCGAGAUCUGAAGGAGAAGCUCGCCCUCAAGGAAGAUCUCGAGGACGAGCUGGGGCGUCUGAAGCAGCUCAGCGCGAGGAGCAACGUCCGGAGGAAGAGUGCCACCUGAGUAGGAUGUGGGUGGAUGGUUCGAAACGGUGA